UUCGAAUGCUCGUGCCAGCCGUUGGCAAGUUGACGGAAACAUCGCUUCUUCCGGGCACACGAUGGCGAUGAGCACCAGCAGCAGCGUGGCGUCGGCGGCCCGCGGCGCAGCGACAUGCGUCGCCUUGGGCACUGCGGUUGCAAGCCUCCGGGCGCGCCGGCCUUCGCCGCCCUCUGCGCUCUUCUCGGCGCUCGCCGCUGGCUGCGGUAUCUUUCGGCUCUUCCAAGCGCCAUCGCCGCGCGUUGCAGCGGGCCUCGCCGCCGUCGCCUUCUUUCGGCUCAUUUCCGAUGCGCACAAGCACAUUGUGCUCUCGUAUGCGCUCGUCGAAUCGGCGCUCCAAGUGUAUGCGCUCUGCCCCGCCUCGGCGCUCGUGGAGCAUGCGACAAGCGUUGCCGUCACGUCCCGCCUCAUGUACAUCUACCUCUUUCGGUGCGAGUGGAUCUUGCCGUCGCAGCUCAAAAUGCUUGACUACCAGUCGUGCCUCCCGCCUGAGAUCCUAUCGGCGACGCGCCACGAGAUCCGGACCGGCCAUGGCUCGCGCUGCGAUAGCUUUCACCCGAACAAAUCCUGCGCCGCGUUCCUUCGCGACGAGAGCGCCAAACACCUCGUGAGCGGCGCCAAGAUCUUUCUGCCAAUACACCUUGCGAGCGCGCUCCUCGCGUGGAAGCAACGGCCGCUCGACGUGCGCAAGCAUGUGGUCGACUAUGUGCGCUCGAUUCUCUUCCUCUCGGGCAACUACGUCUUCCCGUACCUCUUUUCGUGCCUCGUCCCGAUCGCCAACCACCGCAUCGCGAUCGCUUUGGCGACGCUCACGCCGUAUUUGGCACAAUAUUUUGAACCGGCCAAGCGGCGCCUCACGAUCCGCAAGGCCGUUGCGUCCUAUAGCCUUAUCACAGUGUUCUAUCAGCUCAAAGAGUACAACAUCUGCGGCCAGCUCAAGCGAUCGCACGUGCUGUCGGCGGCCACGGUGCUCUACGCAGCAUGCAUGGUGUGGCUCCUCGAGCACCCCGAGAAGCAAAACCGAUGGCUCAUGUACGGUCUCUACGGCCGCGACGUUCGGCCGCCCAAGCCGCCGAAGACAAACCAUGAGGACAACAACAACGACAAGUGUCAAGCCGCAAGAUGACGAGAAUGACUAGAGUCGAAGCGAAUCAUCCGCCGAAAGAUGUGUGUUUUCUGUCUCGAUAUUGCCUUGCCGGUGCAGCGUCCUUGUCGCCAGCGAACAUUCGCCUGGCGAGAUGCAGAGGAGAAGCGUACGUACUAGUACUGGCUUUGGUCGUGACACGAGCAUCGAUGAUGCGGUCGUACAUGGAGCUAACGUGCAUAUCUCAAUGUAUGAACCAGUGCUCCAACCC